GAUUGACGUUUCGAAAGUUCGGCGAAAGUUUUCUUCAGGUUGAUGAAAACAAAAUUAUUUUAUUUUUAAGAAGAUAAACUUGUGCUAAUUUGUUGGAAAGUUCUGCAAAAGUUUCGUUUUAAGAAGAGUGUGAGUAUUAAAAAUGGCGACAGUAUUUCAAGACUCGUGGACGCUCGAUGAUCCGUUCAGUGUUUGGGUCCAGCGGGUGGAAAACAAACCAAACUAUGCAGCAUGCUCGUUCUGCGAAUAUGAAUUCGCACUGAGUAACAUGGGGAGACAAGCGCUCGUUAGCCAUGCUAAGUCGAAGAGACACAUUCAGAGUGUAGCAUACCCUCCGAAGAUUUCAACGCCUUCGUUUGAGACGAACUUUAUCGAAGCUGCGCUCAUGGACUCGCUGAGAAACGUUGCGGAGCCAAUGCCGGUUCCAAAACAGCGAGGUCGGAAGAAAACAAUCGUUACGCUGGAUUCCAUUAAAAAAGAGCUCUCCUUCGAGUGUGAGUUGUGCAAAAAGCGGUUCCGAAAACGGGCAGAUUAUUUUCAGCACAAACAGACCCACGGGGAACCGUUACCAUGUGAUAUGUGUAGCGAGGUUUUCUUCAAGCCAUGGGAUUUGAACAAACAUAAAGCCGAGAAGCAUAAUGACGCAGUCGUUCGCGAAUGUGAAGUUUGUAGUAAAACGUUUAUAGAAAAUUGGAAACUGAUGCGGCACAUGCGGACUCAUACUGGCGAGAAAAAUUUCGAAUGUGAAGAGUGUGGAAAACAAUUUACUGAGAGUGGAAAUCUAACGAAACAUAUAAAACAAGUACACUCAAAAGAUCGGCCUUUCGUAUGUGAGAUAUGCGACAAAAGUUUUCCACAAAAGAAAGAUCUACAAGGACACAUGCUAACUCACGCGGAAAAGCGGUUUUCGUGUAAAGUUUGCGAGAUAAAGUUUAGUCUAAGGAGCGAACGGUCUAGCCAUAUGCGGGAGUGUCAUCCUAGUGAAGCCUAUCCCAAGGAAAAAGCCGGAAAAGCCCUUACCUGUUCAACGUGUGGUGAGGUAUUUCAUGCGAUUACUAAAUUUUCCAAUCACAUGCUGCUGCAUGGAGAGCGUGUGAUGCACUGUACUGCGUGUCCGAAAAAGUUUCACACCUACGCAAGACUUCAAAAGCAUAUGCGCGCCCAUCGGGCUGAAGAACACUCAAAGUGUUCAAUAUGUGACAAAACAUUUUCGCAAGAGUGCAAUCUUAAAAGGCACAUCAGUGGAAUGCACAUGAAAGAUGGUCGCUACUUUUGCAUGUGUUGCCCGCUUAUGUUCGAUUUUCCCGAGGAACUGCGAGCGCAUCGUGAAGCUAACCAUCUCAAUGAGCUGGAAUACAAAUGUACCAUCUGCGAGAAGGCAUUUGCAACGAACCAGAGUUUUGCUAUUCACAAAAAGCGGCAUGCUGAAAAUCCUGAGCACCAUCUAAGGCAGUUUGUCAGUGAGGAGUCCCUUAAGCUUGUAAAGGGUUCUAAGCUGAAAAUUAGAAAACAAGUAAAGAGAAAACCUAGAGUGAACAAAAAAUCACAACAAACAGAAGUUUUAGAUUCCAAACUGCCAAUUAAGAAGCAAAUCAAAAGAAAACCUAGAGUCAAUAAGAAGCUACAAAAACUGAAGGCUUCAAAUUCCAACCAAGAUGAUUUGCUGGUGCCUCUGAAAGGUAAAAGAGGUCGGCCACGUAAAAUUCGACCCGGUGCAGAAAGUGAGGCCAAAGAAGACAGUAGAACGCCUAGAAUCGAAGAAACUUCAGGAAUUGCUACCGAGGUUAAGCAUGAACCAACUGAAAGUGAUGUCAGUUCUCCAGUACUGGAAAAGCCAAAUGCUGGAAUCACCACAGCUGAAAGCUUAGUCAGCGAUAUCAAAAUCGAAGCGGUUCAGAUCAAUUGAGGAUGAAAUAUUUUACCAAAAAACACAAAUUUGAAAGGAAAACACUUUUUGGUAUGAAAUAGAUCAUUUUUCUACUUCAGUUUCUUUCCUUUCCAUCGUUUUCUAGCUGUCAG